CCGCCGGCCCCGCGUGCGCCUCCGCUCCGAGCGCAGGGCUCCGGGCAGGCAGCAGGCAGCCAGUCCCGGCCUCGGCGGCCCCGGCUCUCUGGGCCUCUCCGCCCGCCCGUGCCCCUUCCGCUGUCCUUGGCCCCCCUCCCUGGCUGCAGCUCCAUCGCCCGCUCCGGGCCCCCUACCACUUCCCCCUCGGCAACUGGCUCCCCCCGAGCGCCCAGGACCAGCACAUGCCCAGCGCACGCGGCGCGCCGCCCUGCUAGAAGUUACAGCCCCAGAGUUGGAGGCCGCUGAGGACCCAGCACGGGAAGAAGGAGGUAGCGCGCGGCGGCGGUCGGCGCAGAGGAGACGGCAAACCCCGGGCCGGGCCCAGCGCACCGCUCUGGCCCGGAAAGUGGAACCGCAACUUGAUCACUACUGCACCUGUUUGUACCUCUCCGCCGAGGGCGACUGGGCUGUGGUGGCGGCGAAGACCGCGACCCUGGCCGUCGGCCUCUUUGGCAAGUGGUUUGUGCAUGAGGAGGAACUUUACACCUGACAGCCUGACCAGCACUGAGGGCGCGCGUUUUUGCUUCUUUUUUUGCUGUUGUUGCCUCCACCGCCCUCCCAUCUUCUUUCUGCUCUAGGAACCCCCCCCGUCUCCCUGCGUCUGAACUCUUCUCCAUCACCCUCACCUGGCCGUCUGUGCUCCAGGCUCUCCUCGUGGUGCCAGUGAACCCGCGAGCCGCCCCGAUGUACAGCAUGAUGAUGGAGACCGACCUACACUCGCCCGGGGGGACCCAGGCCCCCACGAACCUCUCGGGCCCGGCCGGGGCGGGCGGCGGAGGCGGAGGGGGCGGCGGCGGGGGCGGCGGCGGCGCGAGCGCCAAGGCCAACCAGGACCGGGUCAAGCGGCCCAUGAACGCUUUCAUGGUGUGGUCUCGCGGGCAGCGGCGCAAGAUGGCCCAGGAGAACCCCAAGAUGCACAACUCCGAGAUCAGCAAGCGGCUGGGGGCCGAAUGGAAGGUCAUGUCCGAGGCCGAGAAGCGGCCAUUCAUCGACGAGGCCAAGCGGCUCCGCGCGCUGCACAUGAAGGAGCACCCGGAUUACAAGUACCGGCCGCGCCGCAAGACCAAGACGCUGCUCAAGAAGGACAAGUACUCGCUGGCGGGCGGGCUCCUCGCAGCCGGCGCGGGAGGCGGCGGCGCGGCCGUGGCCAUGGGCGUGGGCGUGGGCGCGGCGGCCGUGGGCCAGCGCCUCGAAAGCCCGGGUGGCGCCGCGGGCGGCGGCUACGCGCACGUCAACGGCUGGGCGAACGGUGCCUACCCCGGCUCGGUGGCGGCGGCCGCGGCGGCCGCGGCCAUGAUGCAAGAGGCGCAGCUGGCCUACGGGCAGCACCCUGGCGCGGGCGGCGCGCACCCGCACGCGCACCCUGCGCACCCUCAUCCGCACCACCCGCACGCGCACCCGCACAACCCGCAGCCCAUGCACCGCUAUGACAUGGGCGCCCUGCAGUACAGCCCCAUUUCCAACUCGCAAGGCUACAUGAGCGCGUCGCCCUCGGGCUACGGCGGCCUCCCCUACGGCGCUGCGGCCGCUGCAGCCGCUGCCGCGGGCGGCGCCCACCAGAACUCGGCUGUGGCAGCGGCGGCGGCGGCAGCGGCCGCGUCGUCGGGGGCCCUGGGCGCGCUGGGUUCGCUGGUCAAGUCGGAGCCCAGCGGCAGCCCGCCAGCCCCGGCGCACUCGCGGGCGCCGUGUCCUGGGGACCUGCGGGAGAUGAUCAGCAUGUACUUGCCCGCCGGCGAGGGUGGCGACCCGGCCGCGGCGGCGGCGGCUGCGGCUCAGAGCCGGCUGCACUCGCUUCCGCAGCACUACCAGGGCGCGGGCGCGGGCGUCAACGGCACGGUGCCCCUGACGCAUAUCUAGCGCCGCCGGGGACACUUCGGUCACCGCUGAGCUCUCGGCCCGCACUGGGGCUUCCGCCGGACCCGGCGUGGCCUUGCUUUUGUACAGACUUGUCCACGUUCUUGUAAAAUGAAAACGCUGGAGACGGACACCAAGUGACACAUCCCCCCGCUCACCUUUCCAGGAAUUCCUGGUGCCACAGGCUCUGACACAAGGCUUGCAUUUUAGACUGGACUUGGGCGUUUUAUUGAGACUUUUUGUACAGUAUUUAUCAUCCACGGAGGAGGAGACAAAAGGACAAAAAAAAAAAAAAGAACCAAGCGAGGGAGCGAUGCCAACUUUUGUAUGUCGGCCGGCGCGCUUUCAUCCCUGGCUGCGUGGGUUACCCCAGACCAGUAAGGGGAGCUGGUCCAAUUUGUUUAAAUGUAGUAGGCAGUUCCAAACAUCACCAAGGUUUUUGUAGUUGCUACCGCGCUUUCGGGUUGGUUUGUUAAUUUAUACAAAGAGGUUACCACCACCACCACCACCCUUCAGGUGGCAGAGUUAUAUUCUGGGUUUUGUAAAACUUUCUGUAUCUCAGCAUUUCCUUUUUUUUUUUUUUUUUUUUUUUGGUUUUGUAUUAUUUCUUGUAAAUGCAUUGUGAAAUUUUAUUUUAGGCCUUGCAGUGCGGGGAGGAGGAGUCAGAUUAUGUACAUAGUUUCCCAAAAAAAGCCUUUCUUCUAAAAAAUGAAAGAAUCCCCCCAACAUUGUCUUGAAUUUUUUUUUUUAGUCAAUAAAUUUAAGAGAGGAAAAGCCCACUUUCUCCCAUAAACUUGAAACGUGCUAAUUUUAUACGCACGUUUUUGAGUUCAGAGUACAAUUAGUAACUCUGUAGGAGCAGGAAGAAAUUAUCAGCAUGGAAGAAGGAUGGGGCCCCAGGAGUCUGGGGGUGGGUUUCAUGGAGCUUUAUUCAAUGGAAGGAAAGUCUAAGUUAAAAAUCUAUAAAUUAUUGUGUAGAGCUAAGGCGUUAAUGUGGAAUGAGGAAUAAUUACAAAAAUAACUUCUUAUGGUCUGGCCUGGAAUGGCUGGGCAAGGCCGGGUUUGGGUUUCCCUGCAGCAAGCUUUGCCCUCCACCCUGCCUGGCAUCUGCAGGGCAUUUUGGUCCGGAGGAGGAAAGGAAGACCCCAUGGUGGAAGCAGGCCAAGGAUUGGGGCAAAGACUGUGGGGGCCCCCAAUUCCUCAGCAAUUAAGGUUGCCAGCAGAAUUUAUUUGAAAAUUGUUCAAAGAAUCACACUUUGCUGAACCAAAAUGUGUGGCAGCUGAGCCCCCAUCAUGCUUCUGCCUCCUUCUCUUUGGGAACUGGGCAAACUAAUUUUGCUAGAUUUUCUGUCUCACGCAAAAAAGUAUCCACGGCCCUCCUUCCCCCACGUGAACUGGGAUGCAAGUUGCUAACAGAUGUGAACGAAAAAAUGCCGUGUUUAUUAUUCCUUACGAGAUCUUGAGGUUGUUUGAUGCUUUAAAUUUUUUAAUUAUAUUUUUUUCUAGGUGUUUAUUGGUACAUUGCAGUUUUUCUGAAAUUUAAAGUUUUCUGUAAAACUUUGUCUUCAAGUAAUCUGACAGCAUUAAAUAUUGCAUUUAAAAGUUAUCCUGUAGCAAAUACAUUUUGCAAUUAAUCAUGAUGUUAAGAUGAAAUUAUAUUUUUGGAAAAAAAAAAAAACUCUGUAAGUCCAGCUUGAAAUAUGUUGAUUUCUGCAGCCUUAGGCUUCUCCCCUCUGCUCAGCCUCUGUUCUGGUCCUGGAAUGAGCGUGGACUAUCCGUCCAAAAGUGGGCCUGAGCCAUCAGUUUAAUGAGAACCAAAUUCAGCCUGCAUUUGAGAAUAGCUUUAAGUAUAAUGCUAAUCUGACGGUUGAUAUGUGUAAUUUUUUUGGAAUCAUUUUGAUAAUUUUGCUUAAACCACUCAUUCGUUAAAGUGAUAGCAAAAUAUCCAAGAAUAAUGUCCACUGCUUUCUAACAAGAUAA